UUUUUCCAACCACCCUCAUGUGACAGGAUAUCUCCUUAUUGGAGGUUUUCCCUAAUUUCAGAAGCCCUUUAAAAGCAAGUGCUUCCCCCACCCUACUUUUUAGUAGGGCCACUCUGAGAAUCGGGUAGGGGAAGGGGUGGCCCAGUGCCCUCACUGUUUUGGUUCUUUUUUACCCCCUCCUUUCCAUCACUGGAAGAAAAGGAUAAACUCUGAGCCAUGAGGCUCGGUUUCCCGCUCCUGAUUUUCCUGUCUCUCAUUCCAGUUGCUGUGCAGCUGUUGGACACGAGGCAGUUUUUAAUAUAUAAUGAAGAUCACAAGCGCUGUGUGGAAGCAUUAAGCCCCAGUGCCGUCCAAACAGCAGUUUGCAACCCGGACAAUGAAGCACAGAAAUUCCGAUGGGUGUCUGAUUCACAGAUUAUGAGUAUUGCAUUUAAAUUAUGCUUGGGGGUGCCAUCAAAAACGGAUUGGGUCGCUAUCACUCUCUAUGCCUGUGACUCGAAAAGCGAAUUGCAGAAAUGGGAGUGCAAAAAUGACACACUUUUGGGGAUCAAGGAUGAAGAGUUAUAUUUUAACUACGGCAAUAGACAAGAAAAGAAUAUUAUGCUUUACAAGGGAUCGGGCUUGUGGAGCAGAUGGAAGAUCUAUGGAACUACAGAUGAUUUAUGCUCUAGAGGUUAUGAAGCCAUGUACACACUGCUGGGCAACGCAAAUGGAGCCACCUGUGCAUUUCCAUUCAAGUUUGAAAACAAGUGGUAUGCGGAUUGCACAAAUGCUGGGCGAUCGGAUGGCUGGCUCUGGUGUGGAACUACUGCAGAUUAUGACACGGAUAAGCUGUUUGGAUAUUGCCCACUGAAAUUUGAGGGCAGUGAAAGCCUGUGGAAUAAAGAUCCAUUGACUGGCAUUUCCUACCAGAUAAACUCCAAAUCUGCUUUAACGUGGCACCAGGCACGGAGGAGCUGCCAACAACAGAAUGCCGAACUCCUGAGCAUCACAGAAAUACAUGAGCAAACCUACCUGACAGGAUUAACCAAUUCCUUAACUUCAGGACUAUGGAUUGGCCUUAACAGUCUGAGUCUCAACAGUGGAUGGCAGUGGAGUGGUGGCAGUCCAUUCCGAUAUUUGAACUGGUUACCAGGAAGUCCAUCAACAGAACCUGGAAAAAGCUGUGUGUCACUAAAUCCCGGGAAAAAUGCUAAAUGGGAAAAUCUGGCGUGUGUUCAGAGACUAGGCUAUAUUUGUAAAAAGGGCAACACAACUUUGAAUCCUUUUGUUAUUCCCUCAGAAAGUGACGUGCCUGUUAAAUGUCCGAGUCAGUGGUGGCCGUACACAGGUCACUGUUACAAGAUUCACAGAGAGAAGAAAAUCCAAAGAGAUGCUUUGAUUGCAUGUCGGAAGGAAGGUGGCGAUCUAGCAAGUAUCCACACCAUUGAGGAAUUUGACUUCAUCCUCUCUCAGCUGGGAUAUGAGUCAGACGAUGUGUUAUGGAUUGGCUUAAAUGACCUCAAGAUUCAAAUGUACUUUGAAUGGAGUGAUGGGACCCCUGUGACAUUUACCAAAUGGCUUCGUGGAGAACCCAGCCAUGAAAACAACAGGCAGGAAGAUUGCGUGGUCAUGAAAGGCAAGGAUGGGUACUGGGCAGAUUGGGCCUGCGAACGUUCUCUUGGUUACAUCUGUAAGAUGAAAUCACAAACCCAGGGGCCAGAAAUAGUGGAAGAUGAAGCAGGCUGCCGGAAAGGCUGGAAAAGACAUGGCUUCUACUGCUACAUGAUUGGACAUACACUUUCAACAUUUACAGAAGCUAACCAAACCUGUGUGAAUGAGAAGGCUUACUUAACAACUGUUGAAGACAGAUAUGAGCAAGCCUUUCUAACUAGUUUCGUUGGAUUGAGGCCUGAAAGAUAUUUUUGGACAGGACUUUCAGAUGUACAAAACAAAGGCACCUUUCAGUGGACCAUUGAGGAAGACGUUCAGUUUACUCACUGGAACUCUGACAUGCCAGGGCGAAAACCAGGCUGUGUUGCCAUGAGAACUGGGAGAGCAGGGGGCUUAUGGGAUGUUUUGAGAUGUGAAGAAAAGGCAAAAUUCGUGUGCAAACACUGGGCAGAAGGAGUAACUCGCCCGCCAGAGCCCACAACAACACCCGAACCCAAAUGUCCAGAGGAUUGGGGCACCUCCAGUAAAACAAGCUUGUGUUUCAAGCUGUUUACAAAAGGAAAAUAUGAGAAGAAAACGUGGUUUGAAUCUCGAGAUUUCUGUAGAGCUUUGGGUGGAGAUCUAGCGAGUAUCAAUAAUAAGGAGGAACAGCAAACAAUAUGGCGAUUAAUUACGGUUAGUGGAAGCUACCAUGAACUGUUUUGGUUGGGGUUGACGUACGGAAGUCCUUCAGAGGGCUUUACUUGGAGUGACGGUUCUCCUGUUUCAUAUGAAAAUUGGGCUUAUGGAGAACCUAAUAAUUAUGGAAAUACUGAAUUCUGUGGAGAUUUGAAAGGUGAUCCUGGUAUGUCCUGGAAUGAUAUUAACUGUGAACAUCUUAAGAACUGGAUUUGCCAGAUAAAAAAAGGACAAACACCAAAUCCUGAGCCCACACCAGCUCCUGAAGACAAUCCACCAGUCACUGAAGAUGGUUGGGUUAUUUACAAAGACUACCAGUAUUAUUUUAGCAAAGAAAAGGAAACCAUGGACAAUGCACGAGAAUUUUGCAAGAAGAAUUUUGGUGAUCUUGUUUCUAUUAAAAGUGAAAGUGAAAAGAAGUUUCUAUGGAAAUAUGUAAACAAGAAUGACGCACAACCAGCCUAUUUUAUUGGCUUAUUGAUCAGCUUGGAUAAAAAGUUUAUUUGGAUGGAUGAAAGCAAGGUGGAUUAUGUGGCUUGGGCCCCAGGUGAACCCAAUUUUGCAAAUGACGAUGAAAACUGUGUAGUCAUGUAUUCAAAUUCAGGGUUUUGGAAUGACAUUAACUGUGGUUAUCCUAAUACCUUCAUUUGCCAGCGCCAUAACAGCAGCAUUAAUGCCACAGCUAUUCCUACCCCGGCCUCGGUCCCAGGGGGUUGUCAAGAUGGUUGGCAUUUUUACAAUAACAAGUGUUUCAAAAUCUUUGGAUUUGCUGAAGAAGGAAAAAGAAAUUGGCAGGACGCACGACAAGCUUGCAUAAAAUGGAAAGGAAAUCUGGUAUCCAUACGCAAUGAAAAAGAGCAAGCAUUUCUUACCUAUCAGAUGAAGGACUCCACUUUUAAUGCCUGGAUUGGGUUGAAUGAUAUCAAUUCAGAGCACACGUUCCUUUGGACGGAUGGGCGUGGGGUUCAUUAUACCAACUGGGGGAAAGGUUACCCUGGCGGAAGAAGGAGCAGUCUUUCUUAUGAAGAUGCUGACUGUGUUGUUAUUAUUGGAGGGAAAUCCAAAGAGGCAGGAAAAUGGAUGGAUGACACCUGUGACAGUAAACGAGGCUAUAUAUGCCAGACAUCUCCUGACGCUUCCUUGCCUCAUUCUCCAGCAACAGUUCCAACAGAUGGUUUUAGUAAAUAUGGUGAAAGCAGCUAUUCACUCAUGAAAUUAAAGUUACAAUGGUAUGAGGCAGAGAAACAUUGCAAGAUGCAGAAAUCCCUUGUUGCUAGCAUUCUAGAUCCCUAUAGUAAUGCAUUUGCGUGGAUGCAAAUGCAAACAUUUAAUGAACCUGUGUGGAUCGGCCUGAACAGUAACUUGACCAAUGGUGAAUAUGUUUGGAUUGAUAAAUGGAGGGUGAGGUACACCAACUGGGCUGCUGAUGAACCCAAACUGAAAUCAGCAUGUGUUUAUCUGGAUCUUGAUGGCUACUGGAAGACAGCAGAUUGCAAUGAAAGUUUUUAUGUUCUCUGCAAAAGAUCAGAUGAGAUCCCUGCCACUGAACCUCCACAACUGCCUGGCAGGUGCCCAGAGUCAGAACACACAGCGUGGAUUCCUUUCCAUGGUCACUGUUACUAUAUUGAGUCUUCAUAUACAAGGAACUGGGGCCAAGCAUCUCUGGAGUGCCUUCGAAUGGGUUCCUCUUUGGUUUCCAUUGAAAGUACUGCUGAAUCGAGUUUUCUAUCAUAUCGAGUUGAACCACUUCAAGGCAAAACCAAUUUUUGGAUAGGAUUGUACAGAAAUGUUGAAGGAAAGUGGCUGUGGAUAAACAAUAAUCCAAUCUCCUUUGUGAACUGGAACACAGGAGACCCCUCUGGUGAACGAAAUGAUUGUGUAGCUUUAAUUGCAUCUUCUGGAUUUUGGAAUAAUAUUCACUGUUCUUCCUAUAAAGGCUAUAUUUGUAAAAGACCAAAAAUUAUUGAUGCUGAACCAACUCAUACAUUAAUGACAACAAAAGCUGACUCAAGGAAGAUGGACCCUGAGAAAAAGUCUUCCAGCACUGCCGGAGUCGUAGUUAUUGUGGUCCUCCUGAUUGUAAUGGGUGCUGGCCUCGCUGUGUAUUUGUUUUAUAAGAAGAGACGUGUGCAUUUACCUCAAGAGAACACUUUCGAAAACACCCUCUAUUUUAACAGUAGAUCAGGUCCAGGAACGAGUGACACAAAAGAUCUCGUGGGCAGCAUUGAGCAGAAUGAACAUGCAGUCAUCUAGCAUCAUAAUGUCAUUUAAGUAUAUUUGAACUUCAUAAGAUUAUAACUAAAAUGUUAAGGUCUUUAAUUCAAUCUGAUUAUUUCCUUUAAAAUUAGUACUGUGUUGCACUGGUCUGUCCUUUUUCUUUGCCUAAUUGAAGAAAUAAUUGCUCAUUUCCUAGCCUGGCAAGGUAUUUUCACAAAAGAGGGUUAAUAAUAAUGACUACCACUUUAAAAAAUAUCUUAGGUGAAUACACAGCACAAUAAUGACAAUAUUUAAGCAUCAUUGGUAUGUAGCUAUUGUCAACUGCAUGCAGAUUAUAAGAACCCCAGAAACAACCAAUUAAGCUUCCUGAAAUAGCUUAAGGAGUUCCCAGAGAAAUGCGACCUACUGAAUUGUAAUUCACCAAUGAGAAGACCAUUUAAAAAAUCAAGUACAAAUAACCUCAGGUGGCAUAAAAAUUUAGUCACUUUUUUUCCCCACCCAUUUUGAUAUUCACUCCAAUUAUUUAGAAUUGUCCUUGUAUAUGUGCAGAAAGAAGAAGACAGCUGAGAAUCUUGUUUUCUCCAAGCAGGGUUUUUGAGGCUGAAUAUUGCAAAUUAGUUCUUUGUCCUGUUAUAUGUAUAUCAGGAAUACAAAGGUGUGAAAUAAAAAUGUAAAUUUGCAUAACUGGAUGUACUUAGAUAAUGUGAAAUAAACAUCAAAGACAAGGUCUAUUUUUAAUA